AUGCCUCCAGGCUCGUCGGGGUACCGCGACGGCGCUAACAAGCCCGAGUCCUCCCGUCCUUGCCGCCACACCGCGCCGCUGUGGAUCUGCGCCAGGUGCCCGUCUUCCAACCCCGGCAAUGUCGACGCCUGCGCCGCAUGCCAGACCGCGCGCCCCGUGGAGAUAGACGCGGACUCACCAGGGAUACCCCCGCCCCGGCGGUCAGAGAGGAUGAAGAGGGAGCGCGCGGCGUCACCGGACGUCGUGGAGGUGUGCGCCGACGAUGGCGAUGCCGCCCACGGAGGGGAUAAUAGGGCUGCUGCUGCCAAUAGAGAUAAGAAGACCUUUAAAAUCAUGACAUACAAUGUCUGGUUCCGAGAGGAUAUAGAAGUACGCAGAAGGAUGGAUGCUCUUGGAGGUCUUAUUCAGUACCACAGUCCAGACCUUAUAUGCUUCCAGGAGGUUACACCAUACAUAUAUCAACUUCUGCAAAGUUCUAACUGGUGGCAAGAUUACAAAUGCUCGUUGUCUUCUGAGGAGUCAAUGCGGAGACAUUAUUACUGCAUGCAGCUGAGUAGAUUCCCUGUGAAAUUUAAUGGCAGUAUCCCAUUCUCUAACUCAACAAUGGCAAGGGAGCUAUGCAAAGUAGAUGUUGACACUGGACAGCAUAUCAACCUGAUGUUGGCCACAAGCCACCUAGAGAGCCCCUGCCCUGCACCUCCGGGGUGGGAUCAGAUGUACAGAAGGGAGAGAGUAUUGCAGGCAAAAGAAGCUCUGAAAAUGCUGGGAGCCUACAGCAACGUGAUCUUCUGCGGUGACAUGAACUGGGACGACAAGGGGGAUGGGCCAUUCCCUCUCCCGGACGGCUGGAUUGAUGCAUGGGUUGAGCUCAAGCCUGGUGAAAAUGGCUGGACCUACGACACAGAAGCCAAUGCCAUGCUGUCUGGCAACCGUAACCAGCAGAAGCGGUUGGACCGGUUCGUGUGCAAGUUGGUUGAUUUUAAGAUCAAUGACAUCGAGAUGAUUGGGCAGGAUAUGAUACCAGGUGCCUCGUAUCACAAGGAUAAGAUUGUAGGCAAAGAGUUUCGUAAGAUGGAUCUACCUGUCUUACCCAGUGACCACUUUGGACUUGUCUUGACUGUCAGUCAUCGGAAUUAAUUCCUGAUUGCAUCAUACAAUUGAGUGGAUGUUAUGUUUCUCCAGGUUCAGUUUACAGUCUGUUUGGAAUUCUAGAAAUUUAUCUAGAACAGUUUAAUUCCAACUGGAUUCAUGGGAUAUUCUCGCUUAUCCAAGCU